AUGCCUCCAAAGAAGCAAGUCGAAGAAAAGAAGGUCCUUUUAGGUCGUCCAGGUAACAAUUUAAAAGCUGGUAUUGUUGGUUUAGCCAAUGUUGGUAAAUCUACUUUUUUCCAAGCCAUCACUAGAUCUCCUCUAGGUAACCCAGCCAACUAUCCUUUUGCUACUAUUGAUCCAGAAGAAGCUCGUGUCAUCGUCCCAUCUCCAAAAUUCGAUGAAUUAUGUAAAAUUUACAAGCCAGCUUCUGAAGUCCCAGCCCAUUUAACUGUGUACGAUAUUGCUGGUUUGACUAAAGGUGCUUCUGCCGGUGAAGGUUUAGGUAAUGCGUUCUUGUCCCACAUUAGAGCCGUUGAUUCCAUUUACCAAGUUGUUCGUUGUUUCGAUGACGCUGAAAUUAUCCAUAUUGAAGGUGACGUGGAACCAGCUCGUGAUUUAGAAAUUAUCGCUAAUGAAUUAAGAUUAAAGGAUAUCGAAUUUUCUGAAAAGGCAUUGGAAAACGCUGCUAAGAUCGCAAAGAGAGGUGGUCAAUCCUUAGAAGUUAAGCAAAAGAAAGAAGAAAUGGCUUUAAUCGAAAGAAUUAUUGAAUUGUUAAAAUCUGGUCAAAGAGUUUACAACCAAACUUGGACUCCAAAGGAAGUCGAAGUUAUCAAUUCCAUGUUCUUAUUGACUGCUAAACCAUGUAUUUACUUAAUCAAUUUAUCUGAAAGAGACUACAUUAGAAAGAAGAAUAAGCAUCUAUUGAAGAUUAAAGAAUGGGUUGACAAGAACUCUCCAGGUGAUUUAAUUAUCCCAUUUUCUGUCUCUUUAGAAGAAAGAUUAUCGCACAUGACUGAAGAAGAAAUGAAAGAAGAAUUAGAAAAAAUUGGUACUCAAUCAGCUUUACCAAGAAUUAUUACUACCAUGAGAGAAAAAUUAGAUUUGAUUUCUUUUUUCACCUGUGGCCCAGAUGAAGUUCGUGAGUGGACCAUUAGACAAGGUACCAAGGCUCCACAAGCUGCUGGUGUCAUUCACAACGAUUUAAUGAACACUUUCAUCUUGGCUCAAGUUAUGAAGUACGAUGAUGUCGUCGAAUAUAAAGAUGAUGCUGCUAUCAAAGCCGCUGGUAAAUUACAACAAAAGGGUAAAGAUUACGUCGUUGAAAAUGCUGAUGUCAUUUACUUCAGAUCUGGUGCCGGUAAGAAUUAA